CCAAAAACAUUCUCUUCCAAGGCCGGCCUUCCAUCACCAGCUCACCCUUGUUUGCAAUGACUUCGUCAAUUUCACCCAAUCCCUACUAAUAUUCGUCCCCUUCCUUCCAUCUUCUUCAAUUCAUUCUCAUUUUCGCUUUUCAAUGGCUCCUCCUCGCCAACUCCAUUGGGCGCCUUUCAUGCUGCUCAUGUUACUGCUCGUCGCCGCACCGUCUGGCGGCGGCGCUACCGACGCCGACGUCCUCCUCAAGUUCAAGAGUUCCUUGUCUAAUGCCGAUGCUCCGCUAAACAAUUGGAAUGCGUCGAUCCGCCCCCCUUGCAACGGUAGCUUCAGCAACUGGGCAGGUAUAAUAUGUGACGACGGUGGGAAUGUGUUCGGACUGCGGCUAGAGAACAUGAGUCUCGCCGGGAUCAUUGACGUGGACACGCUGGUGGGGUUACGAACUCUCCGGAGUUUAAGCUUCAUGAAUAACAGCUUCGAAGGUCCAAUGCCUAAGGUAAACGAACUUGGUGCAAUCAGGGUGCUGUAUUUGUCUCUCAACCGAUUCUCCGGUGAGAUUCUGGAUGACGCUUUUCAAGGCAUGAAUUCUUUGAGGAAAGUUCAUUUGGCACGAAACCAAUUUACGGGAAAAAUUCCCAGCUCCCUUGUUGCGUUGACUAGGCUUAUGGAGUUGAGCCUGGAGGGUAAUCAGUUUGAGGGAAAUAUACCGGAUUUUCCACAAAGGAAAUGGACACUAUUCAAUCUAGCAAACAACCACCUUGACGGUCGGAUUCCAACAACUCUAAGCAACUUGAAUUCAAGCUCUUUUUUGGGCAAUAAAGACCUAUGUGGAAAGCCUCUGGGCCCAUGCAAGAAUUCGAAGAUGAAGGGGUACAUUGUCAUAAUCGCUAUCUUAGUUGUUGCCGUUGCUGCAUUAGGCGCCAUAGGUGCAUGUUUGUUCAUACGUGGCCGCCGGACCCAAACUUACGAAUAUGGAAUGGCCGGCGAGAAAGAAGGCCGGCCCCACAAGAACUUUGCAGCCAAUACUGUUGCGGGGCAAAAGAAGGGCCAAUCAACGGACGAGUACAGAAAAGGUGAAAAUGGGAAGCUCUACUUUGUGAGAAACGACAGAGAUACGUUUGAUUUACAAGAUCUGCUCAGAGCCGGCGCUGAAGUUUUGGGGAGUGGGAGUUUUGGGUCUUCUUACAAGGCUGUUCUUUUGAGCGGGCCAGCCGUAGUUGUGAAGAGGUUUAGGCAAAUGAACAACAUGGGGAAGGAACAGUUUUAUGAUCACAUGACAAGGCUAGGAAGGUUGUCGCAUCCUAAUUUGCUUCCUCUCGUGGCCUUCUACUUUACCAAAGAAGAGAAGCUUUUGAUCUCCGACUUUGCCGAAAAUGGCAGCCUCGCUAGUCAUCUUCAUGCAAAUCGUACUCCCGGGCAGCCAGGGCUUGACUGGCCAACUCGCCUGAAGAUCAUCAAAGGAGUAGCCAGGGGCUUAGCUUGCCUCUACAGAGAGUUCCCUGGCCUAACCCUACCCCACGGACACCUAAAGUCCUCCAACGUGCUUCUAGACCACACCUUUAGGCCACUCUUGUCAGAGUAUGCUCUUGUCCCGGCGGUGAACAAAGAGCAUGCUCAGCAAUACAUGGCGGCAUACAAGUCCCCGGAGCUGGCACAACUUGACCGGACUACAAAAAAGACCGACGUAUGGUGCCUGGGGAUACUCAUUCUUGAACUGCUGACGGGAAGAUUCCCUGCAAACUAUCUAAGGCACGGCAGGGGAGAAAACGAGGAUUUGGCGACGUGGGUGAAUUCAGUUGUGAGGGAAGAGUGGACGGGUGAGGUGUUUGACAUUGACAUGAAGGGAAUAAAGGACAGCGAGGAAGAAAUGCUGAAGCUCUUGAAGAUUGGAAUGUGUUGCUGUGAGUGUAAUGUGGGGAGGAGGUGGGAGCUGAGGGAGGCUCUGGAGAAGAUUGAAGAGUUGAAGGAGAGGGACCCUGAGGAAGGCUACUAUUCAUCCUGUGCUAGUGAAGGAGAUAUAUAUUCUUCUAGGGCAAUGACUGAGGAAGACUUCUCCUUUCUCAGUUAAUGCUGUGAAUGAGUUUAUAUUUACAGUAUAUAUAUAUAAUUGAGAUGACGUGGUGUAUAAACUGAUUUUCAUUACUAUGUUAUUUCAAUUAUAUGAUGAGAAAUGAUCUUUUUAUAUUUCUUAUAAAUUUCUUUUUUUUUUUUUUUUUAAAUUAAUC